AUGUCCACCACCAGCACAUAUUCCCCAUUUCGCAUCUCCCCCCGGGAUCGCGCCAAUUUGGAUCGCAAUGAGGCUUUUAGGCUUGUGAGGGAGCAUCUGAGGCGCCAGGAACUGGGCAUGAAGGCUCCUAGCUUUUGUGCCGAGCAUCGCCAUGAUACCCCCAGUCAAGAACAGGAAACCUUCCGCCUUCAUCGCGAUAUCAUCCACACCAUCCUCCUCCCUCUGUUCCUGCUCCACCAUCAAGCCUCGCGUAUCGCAACCAAUGUGCUGCCACGCCACAAAGGCGCGGAAUGCGAACGGGCGUUCCGUGGUGAGGCGCGUGGUGCUUAUGCUUGGCUGCAUUCUAUUCUGAGCGAAGAGCAUGAUUGGUAUUUGACCGAGCGCUGCCCCGCCUGUAUCGUUCUGCACGUUAUGAAUUCGGAGCCGACCAUUCGAUUUGUCGCCGUGGCGUGUCUCCUGUCAGACCACUUGCAGGGUCUGGACCUCCCGAGCGCCAAGAGACGGCUGCCUAACUUCGACUUUUGGUACGAAUCGCUGGAGAAUGCUGUCCGUGAGGAUACGUUUUGGGGCGAGGGCUUCUGGCCGGACAUCGAAUAUCGCGCCUGCGCCUUGACCGAUGGUGUGAAGCAGCUGGUGCUGCAGUGCUUGGAGCUGCAGGCUGCUCUGGACCGACACGACCUGCAGCCCGAGGAGUCGUACCGACCGACUCAGCGCUCUCGGAAUGACUCGUCACGGCCGUCCGUGACGGUCAAGCAGUCCAGCUGCACGCAGCUCCCUGUCAUCGACGAAGAAGACCAGAAGCUCUUUGCCAAGGCCGGCGCCAAUCGCGGCAUGCAUCCCUGCCGCAGUGAGCGGCCGCAGAGAUUUCAUGCUCGCCGCCAUGGUGACCCUCGCAGAAGAUCGGUGACAUCUUGA